AUGAGCAACCUCGUCAAUGGGGUUAGGGUGACGGACGACCCCAACAGGGUUGUGACCGUCACUGCGCAUGAGGGAAAGACUGGCCAGGAGAUGGCCAUCACCUACACCAACUACAAGGUCGUUGGAAACGGAUCCUUUGGUGUCGUGUUUGCCGCCAAGAUGUUACCGACCAAGACGGCCGACGGAACUGAGGUGCCGGAGCAGGAGAUUGCGAUCAAGAAGGUCUUGCAGGACAAGCGCUUCAAGAUUAUGCGCCUGGUCAGCCACCCCAACGUUGUCGACCUCAAGGCGUUCUUCUACUCGAACGGCGACAAGAAGGACGAGGUCUACCUCAACCUUGUCCUCGAGUACGUCCCGGAGACCGUGUACCGCAGCCUCCGCUACUACACCAAGCUCAAGCAGAUUGUGCCCAUGCUCCAGGUCAAGCUGUACAUGUACCAGCUCCUGAGGUCGCUCGCGUACAUCCACUCGGUCGGCAUCUGUCACCGUGACAUCAAGCCCCAGAACCUGCUCCUGAACCCCAACACGGGUGUCCUCAAGCUCUGCGACUUUGGCUCGGCCAAGAUUCUCGUCGCCGGAGAGCCUAACGUCUCGUACAUCUGCUCGAGGUACUACCGUGCGCCGGAGCUCAUUUUCGGAGCGACCAACUACGCGACCAACAUUGACAUUUGGUCGACUGGAUGCGUCAUGGCGGAGCUCAUGCUGGGCCAGCCUCUCUUCCCCGGAGAGUCGGGUAUCGACCAGCUCGUGGAGAUUAUCAAGGUUCUCGGAACCCCGACCCGUGAACAGAUCAAGACGAUGAACCCCAACUACAUGGAGCACAAGUUCCCCCAGAUCAAGCCCCACCCCUUCACCAAAGUCUUCCGCCCUCGCACGUCUGCCGACGCCAUCGACCUCAUCUCCCACCUCCUCGACUACACCCCCAGCGCCCGUCUCACUGCUCCCCAAGCUCUCGUCCACCCCUUCUUCGACGAGCUCAGAGUGGAGGGCGCGCGCCUCCCCAACGGAAAGGACAUGCCGGCGCUGUUCAACUUUACGCGUGAGGAGCUGUCGACCCGGCCCGAUCUCAUCAAGAAGCUCGUGCCCAAGCACGCCGAGGCGGAGCUGCGUUCGCGGGGGAUCGACGUCGACGACUUCCAGCCGAUCCCCUUGGAGCAGCUGCGCAUUAGCUUGGACUAG